AUGCUCGCGCAAGUUGCGCGACGCCGCUCACAGCGCGACGCACGCCGCCUCUCGCGCGUCGCAGACCAGCUUUACCUCCCAUGGCUUUGUCCGGCCUUGUUCAGAGGCAAUGCCUCGCUCGGGCCUAUUGCUCGCGACCCAGGCAACCGAGUUGCGCAACACAAAUCACGCACAGCAGCUAGCUCACGCUCUCGAACCUUGGCCACCGCCGCCGCCGCCGAAGCCCUGAACGAGACCAAAGCCCCCCAUAUCUUCGACCAAAUGCCUCAAGGCCACCUGUCCCGCGCGCGGGGCUCGCAGACCUCCGAUGACUCCAUGCCCUUGUCCACAUGGAAGGAUGCACGACCGCUGGUCAUCCACACUGCAACGACUGCGCCGCCGCCACGCCUUAACUACUUCAAUGGCAUCGGUGGCGAUCCGGUAGAGCUGCACUCGAACCUGCAAGCCUGCCUGCGCGUCGGGCGCCUCGACCGGGCCGCGGCGCUGUUGCGGCGGCUGCGCGAGUUGUAUAACCCAACGGCGCCGGAGCUGGUCGAGUCUAACAACAUGUACUUGCUGCAGCUGAUGGAUCGCGUGUGGGCUAAGCAGCCCGGGUACACGAUGAACACUAUGAGCUCGUGGUUUGAACAUGAGAUGAGGGAUAACGACAUCCCGCCGAACUCGGUGACAUACACGUGCAUGCUGCGCACUGCAAUCCUGAUCCUGGACGGAGCCAAGAGGGAAAGGCUGAUCAGGCGGUAUCUGUGGCUCGCGGAACAGUCCGGGGAGCUGAACAGCGUGCUUACGAAUGAAGCAUGGUCGGAUGAUGAGUACUCGAUACUGGCAGACGUCAGGCCAGACCUGAUCGGGGAGGAACUGCCGGCCGACUCGGAGGGGCCAGAACGUGCCGAGCUUUUUGGAGAGACAGUACCGCGGCCAGCCCUUUCCAACGAUUUCAUUCCGGAACUUAGACCCAUGGAGCAGAAAGGCGCUGGCCUGAGAACGGUCAAGGCGGCUCUGUCAAUCUUCUCGAAUCCAGAGGAGCUCGAAAAGGCUCUUCCUUAUCCCCACGAUCUCCCUGGAUACACCAAGGAAGAGAAGGAUCACAUAUACGCGCGCAUGCGGCAAGAUCGUCUGGAAGAGGACACUGUGGAUGCAGCCAUUGACAGGUGGCGUGAGGAGCACCAGAACAUGCAGAAAAUGGGUAUCACCUCGGCGUUGCAGACUAAGCCGAUGGAAGCUCUCAUGUGGCAGUGGUAUAGCGCCAUGGUGCCGCUGUUCAAGCAGGAGUUAGAAAACGUCAAGACGGUCUACGAGAGGACAGACGCAAUGAGUGGCAAUGCCGAACAAGCGGUGACGGGUCCGUUCCUAGAAGCGUUCACUCCGGAAAAACUGGCCGCAACGUCGCUCAUCGUCACAAUUUCCAACUUCUCUGCCCCUGAUCAAUUCAAUGGCAUCAAGGUUGCGAACCUUGCCAUGGCAAUCGGAAAGCAGCUGGCAAUGGAGCACAGCCUAAUGGUAGCCCAGAGCGUCCAAUCGAAUCUUUCAAUCUACAAGACGACUUCGGCCCGCCGUCUCAGGACUCUGCUCAAGUAUUCCAAGACGGUAGAUCCGAACCAGACGAAGCCCUCGGAAGACACCCAGGACGGAGAGGAUGUUUCCAAAAACUACGAGCGUCUGAACGACCUGGAAUGGGCGCCUGCAAUCAAGGCCAAGGUGGGAGCUCUGUGCUUGUCAAAGAUCCUGGAGGCUGCCAAAAUUCCGAUCACACGUGAGGAGAAAGAGACUCGAAGGCAGCUUACUGCUACUGAACCAGCAUUCCAUCAUGCCACGACGUAUGUGUCUGGUCGCAGGGCUGGCGUGGUUCGAGUGCAUGAGAAGGUGCUGGAGAAGCUCAGGAGAGAACCUCUCCGUGGUUCUUUUGGCACAAAGUAUCCCAUGGUGGUGGAGCCUCUGCCUUGGACGGGAUACAGGAAAGGAGGGUUUUUUCGCUACCCAGAGCCAAUCAUCAAAGAAAAAAGGUCGGACGAUGCCCAGCGCAUCUAUGCCCAGGCAGCAAUCGAGAAGGGCGAUAUGGAUCAGGUCUUAACCGGUCUUUCUGUGCUCGGUAAAACGCCAUGGAAGCUCAAUAGGGACGUGUUCAAGGUGGUCGUCGAGGCCUGGAAUACGGGUGAGCCCGUUGCGGGGAUUGCGCCGGAGAAUCCCAAGAUCGAAUGCCCACCAGAGCCAGGCGAAAACGCCACGAGAAAACAGAUUGCCCAAUGGCUUGCCGAGAAGAAAACAGUUGAUAAUGCGAAGAGCGGCUACCAUUCGCAGCGUUGUUUCCAGAACUUCCAGCUCGAAGUCGCUCGCGCGUUCAAGGACGAAAUCUUCUACUUCCCGCACAACAUGGACUUCCGUGGCCGCGCCUAUCCCAUCCCCCCGCUGCUCAACCAUCUGGGUGCCGACCUUGCACGUGGCUUGCUUACUUUUGGAAAAGGCAAGGAAUUGGGCGCUGUCGGGCUCUCGUGGCUCAAGAUCCAUCUUGCGAACGUUUUUGGAUACGACAAGGCCAGCUUGAAAGAUCGAGAGGCAUUCGCCAUGGAGCACAUCCAGGACAUAUAUGAUUGUUGUGAGAAGCCAUUGACUGGCCGAAGAUGGUGGCUUCAAGCUGAAGACCCAUGGCAGUGCCUUGCCACCUGUUUCGAGCUGAAGCACGCCCUUGAUUCUCCCGAUCCUUCGAAAUACGUGUCGCAUCUACCGGUCCAUCAAGAUGGAACCUGCAACGGUCUUCAGCACUACGCCGCCCUUGGUGGUGACAAGGCCGGCGCCGCACAGGUCAACCUGGAACCCGGUGACAAGCCUUCAGACAUCUACUCUGCUGUGGCUGGGCUCGUCAAAAACUAUGUUGCCAACGACGCGAAAACAGGCCACAAGUUUGCAGGGAUCUUGGAUGGGAAGAUUACCCGCAAAGUUGUCAAGCAGACGGUUAUGACGAAUGUCUACGGCGUUACUUUCACGGGUGCGCGCCUGCAGGUUAUCAAACAGCUCGAAGACAUCCUCUCUGAUGCCGAAAAAAAGGUAGGGUUGUUCCAAAUGGGUGGAUAUGUCGCGAAGUUGAUCUUCCAAGCCUUGGGCCAAAUGUUCAACGGUGCGCAAGACAUUCAGGAGUGGCUAGGAGCAUGUGCAAACAGAAUCGCCACGGCCCUCACACCCGAACAAAUCGACAUGAUCGCAGAAGCCACGUCAACUCCUGGCGCCAGCAUAGAGCCGGUUCCUGACCCGCGUUACCGUCAAAGAAAGUCCCAGUCGAGGAAGAAGAAAACCCUUACGAGAGCAGACAUUAUGUCGCAGUUCCGCGCUACCGUCAUCUGGACCACGCCUCUCAAAAUGCCUGUUGUGCAGCCCUACCGCCGGACGGCAACGCGCGAAAUCACCACUGUUCUCCAGUACCUUACAAUCGUCCAGCCCCAGACUAGUGACACUGUGGACAAGCGCAAGCAACUUCAAGCCUUCCCGCCUAAUUUCAUUCAUUCGCUCGACGCCACACAUAUGCUUCUCUCGGCGCUCAAGUGCAACGAGAUCGGCCUCUCGUUUGCCUCCGUCCACGACUCCUUCUGGACGCACGCCGCCGACGUCCCGCUCAUGAAUCGUGUUCUGCGCGACGCAUUCGUGCGCAUGCACUCGGAAGACAUUGUGGGCCGGCUACACGAGGAGUUCAGCAUUCGUUACCGGGACUGCAUGUAUCUCGCGUCGAUUCCGUCAAAAUCGCCCCUCGGCCAACGCAUCAUCGCGCUGCGCAGGGAUGCCGCCAUCGCCAAGCGGAGAGAGUCGCGGUUGGGUCUAGCACUGAUCGACGAGCUCCUGGCCGAGCGCGAGCGUCAGCGCCUGUUGAACAGCGAGGACGAGGAGGAGCGCGCGCGGGGCCGCGCCAUGUCCACGCCCGCAUCGCUCUACGAAGCCGCCGGCGGAGACGAGCUGGUCGGGGUCCAGAUGGGCAUCGACGAAGAGGUGCACGUCACCCGCUUGGGCGACACGGCCGACGACGCCGUGAAGCCCGCAUCGCGCGGCACGAAGAAGAAGAAUGCCGCCGCCGGUGCCGCCGCCGCCGCCCCCACCACCAAAGACAUUUUCGAAGACGACUCGGACGCGAUGGCGGAAGAGACCAGCCGCGACGACGACGACGACGACGCCGAGCUGCUCGAGGCCAUCAUGGGCGAGGAGCACUCGUCUGCGGAGGAUGCCGACACCGCCGAAGAGCAACGGUCGAGGAAGCCGCGGCAGGCGCAGCGUUCCAGGAUCAAUUUCGUCAAAAUCUGGCUGCCGGUUCAAUUCCCGGACGUGCCCAAGAAGGGCGAUUUCGACGUCAGGCGGUUGAAGGACAGCACGUACUUCUUCUCGUAA